AUGGCUCGGCGCCCACGCCUUGCAGCGCAAGCCGCUGCCGCUUCCAUGCGAACUCCAAUUCCAAACAUAUCAGACAAUGAAGAUGAAGAAAUGCCAGACGCAACUUCUGUCGAAGCAGAGACUCCCCAAGACGAAGACGAAGAUCAAGAACCCAAUGCAGACGAAGAGACCGAACAAGCUGAAGUCGAAGAUGUAGCUACUCCCUCGCGCGACUCGGAACCACCCUCCCUUGCCGCAACUCCUCGUCGCUCGGGCAGGCAAUCAGCUGUUGGCCCACGAGGUGGCAGACGAAGACUCGGUCGGCCACCUAAGCGCCCAGUACUUGCUUCGGAGGAUGAGAACAAUGAUGUGGCUUCAGAAGUCAACACUCCUAAGCGCAGAGGGGGUUUCCGAGGACAUCGGGGGAAUCGCUGGGCAAAAUACAAAGCGGGAACAACGAGAACGUCGCAUGCACCUCUAGAUGUCGAUGGUAACCCCAUGAACAUCGUGAACGACGAGGUCGAGCUUCCUGACGAUCCCGAGGGCGAGGAGAAGGUCGACAAAAACGGUGAACUCUUAGGCGGCAGAGAAUACCGGGUUCGGACGUUCACCAUCUUAGGUCGUGACGACAGAUUAUACAUGCUGUCUACUGAACCUGCGCGAUGCAUUGGUUUCCGUGACUCGUAUCUGUUCUUCCAGAAACACAAAAAUCUCUACAAGAUCAUCAUCGACGAUGACGAAAAGAGAGAUCUGAUCGAGCGAGACUUGAUCCCUCACUCAUACAAAGGUCGGGCGAUCGGUGUGGUCACAGCUCGUUCAGUCUUCCGCGAAUUCGGUGCCAAAAUCGUCAUUGGCGGCAAGAAAGUCAUCGACGAUUAUGACGGCAAGAAAGCGCUAGAGCAGGGAGAUGUCGAGGGCGAGUUGGCUGUUCCGGAGGACCGCUUGCCCCUGCCAGGCGAGCCUUACAACCGCAAUCAGUACGUUGCGUGGCAUGGAGCUAGUGCCGUCUAUCACAUGAACAUUCCAAACGUGCCGGUCCCAAAUGCGAAAGUACAGGAGGCUAAGCGCCGGAAGAUUGUAGUGACAAGCGAUAAUUGGAUGCUUGAACAUGCUCGAGAAGCUAGUCGUUUCAACUCAUCACUGGCAGCUGCGCGGCUCGAUAACAUAAAUGGGAUCUACGAUAUACACACCAAUGUUUUGCAAUGUUCUGCCAGCACGCAACCUACGCAGGCAAGAUGGGAACUUGUUGACGAUGAAGCCGACACUCAGGGUGAUGACGAGACCGCUCGACUGCCUCGCCUCAAUCCAGUCUAUGGACGCAACUUCCGAAUCCACGAUAUUUGUCUGGAAACGGCACCGGAAUCAUGGUUUGGCAGUGCUGGAGGGUUGGACGCAAACACAGGUCUCGCAUCAAUACCUUCAGAAGUAUUCGACGAACUACCCCCGGAUGUUCUUUCAGCUUUGAUCGAGGCAAGAGAUCGCGAGGCCAGCUGGAGAAACAAAUGGCAAACAGAGCACGUUGACGGUCUUCGAGCACGUAUUCCUCCUUCAAUUGAGUGGUUCCCUAAGUGA